AAUGUCUCUCUACCAAAGAAAUAUUAAUCAUGUCUUCGAUGAUUUUAUUAAAGACUUGAACGUAGCCAGACGUGGAGGUACUCGUUCUGGUCGUGGAAAUAAUACUUAUUUUGCUCCUUUAAUAGACGUUCACGAAAAUGAUAAAGAAUUUCUCGUCAAUGCAGAAUUACCAGGAUUGAAUAAAGAUCAAAUUAACAUUGAUGUUCGUGACAACGCUCUUAUAAUUUCUGGGGAAACCAAAAAAGACCAAAAAUAUGAAAAAGGAAAAACUCUUAUUCAAGAACGUUCCUAUGGUUCUUUCACUCGUAGUAUUUCAUUGCCACCAAAUGUAAAAGCAGAAGAUAUCACGGCUAAAUUUGAGGAUGGACUUCUUGAAUUGAAACUUCCAAAGAGUGCUCCUACUGGAAAGAAAAUUACUAUUGAAUAAUUUUCGUUUACAUAUAUUUUUUAAAACACUUUCUUUUAGCUUUUAAAUAAUAUUCUUUUUUAA